AUAAAAUUGACUUUCAUGCAGGAGCUAAGGAUACGAAUUAACGAAUUCAAGCAGAUCGACUCAGAAAAGUCAUACUAUUCAAAAAAAAUAACUGUAAUGAAACGAUGAGCGACCUGUAUUAUUUAUUCUUUUGACGAAAGUUGGAAAUUUAAUUUCAGUCGUUGUCAGGUGGUUGGCGAAUAAAUUUUGAUGUUAUUUUGAGGUUUCAUUAUGUUUUCUCGAUGGAAAUGGCCCGUAUUAUGUGUCAUAUUUCUUCAUGUCUUAAGUGUUGUGGAAUGUGAGGACUAUACCGUCGAAAUAAAAAAUAACGGACCGGUAGUAAGAGGUGCUACAAUCCGUUUUACUGCAACUCUUUAUCAUGGAAACAACCUGGCCUCCGGGGAAUUCAGAUAUUAUUGGGAGGAUAAUGCCAUACCAAAACAUCAACAUGAGAUCAAAUCCGAUAAGCCAGUGUCAAUUUGGGAUGUCAAAUAUGAUCAUAAGUAUCCCCCCGGAAAAUAUGAAGUUCAAGUCACUGUUGAGAAAAAAAUCUAUUUAUUUUAUUAUGCAAUCACAUCUAGUCGAACCCAAUUCAUUAUAUCAGGUACAUUAACUGGUAAUCUGCAGGUCUUUCAGAAAAAUGAAACGAGAAACAAUCAAUUCAUAUCAACAGAUACACCACUCAUUUCAUCUGUGAAGCUAUCAGAGCUUGAUGCAAAUUUCAUUUCCAAUGCGACAUCUGUCACAACUUUCUGGUUUAUUGAUUGUAUUUAUUAUGGUCCGACGAAUAAUGCCCAGUUUUCACAUUUAUUCCCAACAUCCGAUGAGGAGCAUACCAUCGAUGCAUUGAUGGUGGCAGAUUUUCAUCCUCCCCCACCACCAACCACUACGACUACCACCACCACGACUGCGAAACCAACCACAGUAGCUUACAGUACAACCGUAACGAAAAAUCCCAUCAAUAUCUCAACCACUACAGUUCCUACAAAUUCGAUCCCUAAACAACAAACUGUUAACAAGACACUCAAAGUUAAGAGGAGUGUGGAACAGGGAUUGAAUAAUACAGUGUCAAAUAAAAUCCAGAAUAUAAGAAUAAAUGUUAAUGGGACGCUGCAACCUUAUAACGGUAGUUUCCCCUAUAUUUGCAAUGGUACUGUUGCCGUUGAUGACGUCAAUGCUUAUGGUUAUUUCUCCAGGAAAAUUGUAGCAAAAGAUCCUAUUUCUUCUGUAAAUGUCACUGGGAACAAUUGGCUUCAACAUGGGGAUAUAUUGGCCUUGGUAGUAUCGUGUAACGGGUCGCCAUCUCUGAGAUACUGUGUGAAGUUCUACAGAGGGUCUUAUAAUGCCACAGGCACAGAAUCGUGCCGUUCCUAUCUCACGUUGGGAAAUUGCAACUUCCUGAUUCAAAGAUACUUGGGGGAUGCCGAGGAGCACACUGUUCUCCUGAUCCUAGAAAACGAUGUCACCAAAGUGGUGAAGACGGUAGCGGUUACAAUUUACGAAGUUAAGAAGCAGGCUCAGUUAUCCGUUAUAGUGGUACCUUUGGCUUUCAGCUUGGUGGCGAUAGUCGCGGUCGUCUUCGGGGUGGCCUAUUACAUACAGAAUCGUGAAAGGUUUAUCGUCGAAGUGGCAGAUUUCAACUUCGGAACCGACUUUUCUGAUAUGGAAUACAAAACCUUCCGCGAAAGGCUUCAGGAAUCCUUCAUGAACGCGUUCACGAGGGCCCCGUCUCCCGAGGCAUCGGAGGCUCCGAAUUGGCCCCCUGGCCAGAGCCAAAAAUACGACAGUAUGACAUGACUGAUUUAAUCCUACUGAAAAUAUGAAAAAAUAGUGAUAUUAUUCCAAAUAAGAUUCCAUUCAGAGAUCACGAUAUAUAGAAGUAUUUUUGUGUAUUGUAUGACAAGAUUAUCGGAUAGAGAUGCUUUAGUUCUCACGGGGAAUGUUAGCUUUAGAUUCGCACACCUUUUUUUCGAAAUUGAAGCCACAAUGAGGAUUCUGUGUGAAAUCGAUUCGUGAAGCGUUCGAAGAAAUUCGUCGUCGAGGUGGCUGUGGAAUUUCGACAUUUGACGGUUUUUGUUGUCAAAUGCCGAGCAUCGAUUCGAUAGCCCGAUUGACGUCGAAGUUUUCUGAAAGCUCCUUAUUUUCUACAAGUUUUUACCUGUCCUGUCAAUCGAACGUGCGCCAUUUUGGUUAACCUUCGCUUUUUUCUUCUGUUUUCGAACUUUUUUUCCUAGUUAUUCGAAUAGUCUGAUAUUGGUCUCAUUUCUGUAAUACUAAACGUCAAAAUUCGAAAUUUUCGUCGGCACUCUAACGAACUGUCAAAAUCGUCGGUUGCCUUUGGUUACUGUGGGGCAAGCGAGUUUUUACCCAUUGGCAGCCUUCUCCUGCCCCACAUCAACCAAUGGCAACAAACGAUUUUGACAAUUUGUUAGAGUGUCAUAUAAAAACUGAAAUUUAAUUGAUAGCAUGACAGAAGUAAAAAAACAAUAAUUGUUCACCUUCGAAUCGAACUGAGCCUAAAUAUUUAUGAAUACUUGCACAUUACUUCUAUUGAUUUGUUUUUAAAUUAACGAUUCGUUGUGUUUAUUUACAUUUCAGUUGUGACUAGUACUGACACGAAUCAUAAUUUUUUUUCAUUCGGAAUUAAAACCAACAAUAUCAGACAGUUGGAUGUUACAGCCUUUUUUUUUUUGUUUGAGAAAUGAUAAUCGUCACUUCUAGUCAUCGAUUGAUUGUAUUUAAAAGCACUUCAAUAUCUUUCUUCAAACAUUCGAAAUUUUUUAGUCUCAUCAAAUGUCCCAAUUAUUCAGCAGGGAUGGAGAAUUGUCUUUUUUGCAUGUUUGAAAUCUUCAGGUCCCUAUUAGAGCGUAUCUAUGAAUAUCAGGUCACAUUUAACAUCUGUAAGUAUCUAGCUCAAAUAUUAGAGUACUCUUAAAUUUCUCUGGGUACCGAAUGCUCACUCUGAAAGUAUUGAUUUUUGAGUCUUUGACCCGUUUUACAAGGAGAGCUCUACUUUUACUUCUCUUGACCUGCAAUUUUAAGCAAUAAUUAUUUUGUACACGAUCCUAAAGUGUUCCAACGAAUGUUUUAUUGUAUGAUUCAAGACUUCAUGAAGAAAAUCUUGUUUAUAUUACGCUAAGAUGUAAGUUUAUAUAAUAUUGAAAAGUUUCGAAUUUUUAUUAUGUAUAUGUUGUAUUUAUUUUGAUACUUAUUUUAUAAUGUUUUCAAAACUGUUUUAAAUCUAUAACAUUGUUUGGGUUAUAGUAAAACUUAUCGAAGA